AUGAUAUGCGUUGCCCAGCAGCAGUCGGGACAUGGUAUGGCUGUGUUUGUCAAUAAAACAAAGCAAGAUGAUUUUGAUGGAGGCCACCGAAGUGCUGAUCGGAAUGGCGUGACUAUUACAAAUAGACACAGCUCUGGGAUCCACCCGCUCGAUUUUAUCGGGAAGGACAAGGGUUCCCGCCUUCUUGAUUAUUUUGUCUCUUUUAUUCAGCGGAACAUGUUCACGAUCAGCUUCUCAUCAAUAGUUCCGGAUUUGCUUCCCUUAAUUUCAACUUCUCCGAUCCUCUACCAUGCAGUGAUAGCGGUUGGUGCAUUGGAUGCAAAUAGACACACUGGUGGACGCGGAGUACAGGGAGAGAACUCGCCUUAUGUGGAUGCCAUGAGCUCCUAUCACAUGUCAAUUGGUAUUUUGCGUUCAUGUGUGGGGAACAAAAAUGUGAUGCAAAGAGAGGACGUUCUCUGGGCUACUUUCUUCCUAGGGCUGUUUGAGCUGCUCUCCGACGAUUCGGGUGAAGGCUGGGUCAAGCAUAUGCUGUAUGGAACAUCGAAAAUGCUCCAGCUUGCGGGACCAAGCGAUUGCAUGUCACCCGUCCGAAGAAUGUUCUACGACCUAUUUCGUACCCUCGAAGCCAGCCGAGCCUUACUCUAUGAUGACGAAACAAUUCUUUCUCAGGAAUGCUGGGAUCGACUCCAAACAACCCUAUCAAGCAAGGCCACUCGGUGGGAGCCCAUGGAUGAGAUUAUAACUCUGAUGAUUCAGACAUCCGCCUUCAGCCGAAGAGCCGGUGCAAUAAUUGAUAUGAUUCCUGAAACAGAACGGUUCACGGAUCCAUCAGUUGCUCUGCUUGCGGCUGAUGGACUCAAUGCCCAAGAAAAUAUCUAUAACUGGCACACGAAAACGCUGCUGCAGCUGGUCCAGGAUGGCCCUAAUGAAUAUUUGAACUUAGCUUUGCUGUAUUAUCACGCUCUGCUAAUCUUUCUCUCCGGCAAUUAUGACUAUUUUCCCUACUGGGACAAUAUACCGGCCCCAGUCUUAUCCUCUGGUGAAGUUUCUGAACACUUGAAUACAAUCUUGUAUCUCUCGGGGGAGGUGUUGCGCUACUCUAAAAUCCCGGGAGUGAUGCUGCUUUUCCCAGUAACCGUUGCAGGAGCUCGAGCCCGGACGGUUGAGCAACAAUCCGAAUUACUGAAUCUGCUUGACCUGGUCGUGUGUAGGGGUUUUGUGGUCGCAAAUAAGAUACGGGAUGGUUUGCUGGAACGGUGGGCCAAGAGGGACAAGAAAGAGACAAUGCAUCUUGCCAUAUGA